ACUUUACCAUAAACCUCCUCAGAAAUUAGAACCCUGUAGAACCCACGGAAACCACAUAGACACAGAACAGAAGAGAAGAGAAAGAGGAACAACCUAAGGCAACCGCUAAGAUGAUCAUUCCAGUUCGUUGCUUUACCUGCGGCAAGGUAAUUGGAAACAAAUGGGACACAUAUCUUGACCUUCUACAGUCAGAUUACUCUGAAGGAGAUGCACUUGAUGGAUUGGGGUUGGUCCGAUACUGCUGCAGGCGAAUGCUUAUGACUCAUGUUGACCUCAUUGAGAAGCUUCUUAAUUACAAUACUCUGGAGAGGAAUGAUAACACUUAAUGAAUGGGGGCUGCAAGUGAGCAGAAGUUUGUUUUACCAAAUGUGAAUGUCUAUCUAGGUUAACUGUUUUAUUUUGUUUGGAGCAAGUACUGGUCAAAUAGGAUGUAGCCAGACACAAGUGAAAAUAUUAUGGGAUGUACAAGACAAUUCUGUUGUUGCUUUUAUGAAUUAUUUUAAUGUGUAUGAACCUAUCCACUAAAUUAAAAUAUGUUUGUUGCUUUAGCAGUAA